GUGCAGGUGGACAGCACCAAGUUGCCCCUCGACACUUUGGAAUCAGGCGAGGAGGUCUUGCACAUGUACUGGCUGGAUGCCUUUGAGGUCUCACGCAAUUGUGGCGAUGGAUCCAUUUACCUUUUUGGAAAGGUCUAUCAUCCCGAGAGUGAAACCUACAUCAGCUGCUGUUUGACCGUGGCAAACCUGGAGCGCAACAUUUUUGUGGUCCCUCGCCGCCUUCGCCUCGAUCGCGAGGGGGUUGAGACGAAUGAGGCGGUGAGCAUGGCUGAUGUUUAUGAGGAGAUGGGUCAAAUCAUGAGCCGCUACAAGAUCAACCCAUUCCUCAGCAAGCCCGUGAAACGCAAAUAUGCCUUUGACAAAACCGAUGUCCCCGAGGAGGUGGAUGUGCUCAAAAUCAAAUACAGCGGCACCUUGCCCGCGCUGCCCGGUGAUCUCUCUGGCCAGACAUUCAGUCAUGUCUUUGGCACCAACAUCUCGCCUCUGGAGCGCUUUCUGAUGAAGCGCGACCUGAUGGGGCCUUGCUGGCUGCGCAUCAAGAAUGUCAAGGGUGCGACCAAGAAUAUCUCUUGGUGCAAACUGGAGGCUCUCGCAGUCGACCCCAAGAGCAUCAGCAAGGUUGAGGACCCCCCGGCUGCCCCGCCUCUCACGGUCAUGGCCCUUUCUCUCCAGACCAUUCUUAAUCACAAGACGCACAUGCACGAGAUCUUGGCCAUGACGGGGCUAGUACACCAGGAGGUGCAGCUGGACGGGAAUACGAGCAAGCCCACUGAACAACUGUCCCAGAUCACCAAUAUCCGCAAACUUGGUGAUAACCCUUUUCCCUUGGAUUUUGCUGUCAAGCUGCAGCAGCAAAAGCGCAGCGUGACGACGCUGCCUAAUGAGCGUGCCUUGAUCUCUCAUUUCCUGGUCAAGCUUCAAAAGAUUGACCCGGAUGUCAUUGUGGGCCACAAUAUCUUUGGCUUUGAUCUGGAUGUGCUCUUGCAUCGCAUCAAGGAGCUGCGCAUUCCGCAUUGGUCGCGUAUUGGCCGCUUGCAUCGCACCGUUUUGCCCAAUCUCAAGAGUGGAAUUGGACUUCAAAGCAACGUGGCCAUGGAGCGAGAUCUCUUGGCCGGUCGCCUUGUGAUGGACAUGCAGACAUCAUCACGCGAGCUCAUUCGUCAAGUCAGCUACGAUUUGACGGCCCUUACUCAAUCACAGACCAAAGCCCCGCCUGCAAUUUCGCCUGCCAGCUCCAAGCUAUCUCAGACCAUGUUCAUGCUCCAACAAAUUAGCAACACUCAAAGCUUGUUGAAAUUGGUGGACCAUGUUGAACGAGAUGCCUACCUCAUUUUGUCCCUCAUGUUCAAGCUCAAUGUGCUGCCCUUGAUGAAGCAAAUUACAAACAUUACAGGUGGCUUGAUGUCGCGAACCCUAUCUCGUGGCCGUUCUGAUCGCAAUGAGUUUCUUCUCUGUCACGAGUUCCAUCGUCGCAAGUACAUCGUGCCCGACAAGCCAACGUGGGCUGAGAAGCAAGCUAUCAAAAAUAGCAAGCAAGGAAAGAAAGCCGACAACUUGGCAGACGAGCCGGUCCGUCGCAAGCCCGCGUAUUCCGGCGGCCUCGUGCUCGAGCCCAAAAAGGGCUUUUACGACAAGUUGAUUUUGCUUCUUGAUUUCAACUCGCUGUAUCCUUCCAUUAUCCAAGAAUACAAUCUGUGCUUCACCACUGUGGGCCGCAACGACGGUCAGCCCAAGUCAAGCGAAGAAGAAGACGCAAUCGCUGAGGUUCCAGACUCAGCCUUGCCCCGUGGUGUGCUUCCUCACCUCUUGCGCACACUCAUCGCAAAGCGUCGUCAGGUCAAGGCCUUGAUCAAAUCUGAAGCAGAUGCAAGCAAGCUUGCCGAAUAUGAUAUUCGUCAAAAGGCCUUGAAGCUGACAGCCAACAGCAUGUACGGCUGCUUGGGCUUCACUGGUUCUCGAUUUUAUGCCAAAGCCAUUGCAGCUUUGGUUACGAGCAAGGGACGUGAAAUUCUGCAAAAGACGGUGGAUCUGACACAGGACAAGUUGGGUCUGGAGGUCAUCUACGGUGACACGGAUUCGAUCAUGGUCAAUUCCCGGUGCACUGAUUACAGCGAAGCCGUGACUUUGGCCAACCAGGUGAAGAAGGAGGUCAACUCGCUGUACUCAGAGCUGGAGAUUGACCUUGAUGGCAUUUACAAAACCAUGCUGCUGCUGAAAAAGAAGAAAUAUGCUGCCCUUAUGAUGGACAUGUCCAAGGGCAAAGUCACGUUAACCAAAGAAGUGAAGGGUCUGGAUAUUGUACGCCGUGAUUGGUCGGCCCUGGCCGCGGAUGCAGGCAACUGGAUCUUGAAUCAAGUGCUCAACCAAGAACAAGAUUCCACCGAGAGUUUGGUGGAAACAUGCCACGAGCAUCUGCGUCAGGUGUCCGAGGAUGUGCGAACAGAGAACAAGGUGCCCUUGGAAAAGUUCAUCAUUUUCAAGUCGCUGACCAAGGACCCAAGUGCCUACGGAGAUGCCAAAGCCUUGCCUCACGUACAAGUGGCCUUGCGUAUGAAAGCCGCCGGCAAGAGCGUGCGCAUGCACGAUACCAUUCCCUACAUCGUCUGUGAAGACGGCACGAGCAAUGGCGCCACGCAACGCGGCUAUCAUCCCGAUGAGCUUCGCAAAAAUGAGCAUUUGAAGAUCGAUUACGAGUACUAUCUGAAGAGCCAGGUGCACCCUGUCGUGAGCCGCCUCUUGGAGCCCAUCGAGGGCACCGACAAUGUCAAGAUUGCUGAGUGCUUGGGGCUCGACACAACAACAUUCAAGCGCGCUUAUGAGGUCACCGAUGUCGAUACGGAUAUGACCAUGGUUCUCUCAACACAACUCUCAGACGAGGAGCGCUUCAAGACGGCCGAACCGCUGACGGUGACAUGCCGAAAGUGUGGUCAUCGCACCGACCUACCGGGUGUAUUCCGCAUGAAGGAUGGCGUGCGCCAAUGCGGCCUGCUGUGUCCCAAUGCUGAGUGCACCGCAAGCUUCGAGCCGGUUUACCUGAGCAACCUGAUGCAACUGGAAGCGCGCAAGUAUAUCGCGAGAUACUAUGACGCCGCCCUCAUCUGCGAUGACGCUGGUUGCCCUCGCGGGCAUCGCGAGACACGUGACCUCUCCGUGUUGGGCCGGCGUUGCUUGGACCCUAGCUGCCGCGGAACCUUGCAACAGGUCUACUCUGAUAAGCAGCUGUACACGCAGCUCUGCUACUUCAGAAACUUGUUUGAUGUGGAACAU